AUGACUGCACCGACACUGGGCUACUGGGAAAUCCGAGGUCUGGCCGAACCCAUACGCUAUCUGCUCCGGUACGCCAACAUUGACUUCACGGACAAACGCUAUACGUUCGCCGACCGGCCGGCCUGGGAGUCGGACAAGUCGUCGCUGGGACUGCCCUUUCCUAACCUUCCCUACUAUAUCGAUGGCGACCUAAAACUGAGCCAAAGUCUGGCCAUUUUGCGCCAUUUGGGUCGUAAGCACGGACUGGUGGCUCAGGACGAGGCCGGGCGGGCCCGCCAGGAGGUGGUCGAGCAACAACUGGAAGACAUACGACUGGCGCUGUUUAUGGUGAUUAUGGCCGACGAUUGGGAGGCCAAACGGGCCGACUAUAGCACCGGUACUCUUGAGCCGCAGUUGGAUCUGUUGGUGAAGUACUUGGGCGCCAAUGAUUGGCUAACCGGUGGACAAUUGUCUUAUGUAGACUUUCUGGCGUAUGAGACACUGGAUUGGUUGAAACGAUUCACACCCGACACUAUCGGUAAGUUCCCGACUGUUGGCCAGUAUUUGGAUCGCUUUGAAGCCCUACCGGCCAUUAAAUCCUACCAGAGCUCCGGUGAUUACAAACAGUGGCCACUGUUUGGUCCGAUUGUCAAAUGGGGCUCACAAUAA